CUUAAAGCAAUAAAUGUAGAUCUUCAAAGUGAUGCUGCUCUGCAGGUGGACAUUUCAGAUGCUCUUAGUGAGAGGGAUAAAGUGAAAUUCACUGUCCAUACAAAGAGUUCAUUGCCCAAUUUUAAACAAAAUGAGUUUUCUGUUGUUCGACAACAUGAGGAAUUUAUCUGGCUUCAUGAUUCCUUCGUUGAAAAUGAAGACUAUGCAGGUUAUAUAAUCCCUCCAGCACCACCAAGGCCUGAUUUUGAUGCUUCAAGAGAAAAGCUACAGAAGCUUGGAGAAGGGGAAGGGUCAAUGACAAAGGAAGAAUUCACAAAGAUGAAACAGGAACUGGAAGCUGAGUACUUGGCGAUAUUCAAGAAGACAGUGGCAAUGCAUGAAGUGUUUCUGUGCCGUGUGGCAGCUCAUCCUAUUUUGAGGAAAGAUUUAAAUUUUCACGUCUUCUUGGAGUAUAAUCAAGAUUUGAGUGUUCGAGGAAAAAAUAAAAAAGAGAAACUUGAAGAUUUCUUUAAAAACAUGGUCAAAUCAGCCGAUGGAGUCAUUGUUUCAGGAGUAAAGGAUGUAGACGAUUUCUUUGAGCAUGAACGAACAUUCCUUUUAGAAUAUCAUAACCGAGUUAAGGAUGCAUCUGCUAAAUCUGAUAGGAUGACAAGAUCCCACAAAAGUGCUGCAGAUGAUUACAAUAGAAUUGGUUCUUCGUUAUAUGCUUUAGGAACUCAGGAUUCUACCGAUAUAUGCAAGUUUUUCCUCAAAGUUUCAGAACUGUUUGAUAAAACAAGAAAAAUAGAAGCCCGAGUGUCUGCCGAUGAAGACCUCAAACUUUCUGACCUUUUAAAAUAUUACUUAAGAGAAUCUCAAGCAGCUAAGGAUCUCCUUUACCGAAGAUCUCGGUCAUUAGUUGAUUAUGAAAAUGCGAAUAAAGCUCUGGAUAAAGCAAGGGCAAAAAAUAAAGACGUUCUUCAGGCUGAAACUUCCCAACAACUAUGUUGUCAGAAGUUUGAAAAAAUAUCUGAAUCUGCAAAACAAGAACUUAUAGACUUUAAGACAAGAAGAGUUGCUGCAUUCAGAAAAAAUUUAGUGGAACUUGCAGAAUUAGAGCUGAAGCAUGCCAAGGGUAACCUCCAGUUGCUGCAGAACUGCCUGGCAGUGUUGAAUGGAGACACAUAAGCCACUUCUGGUUUCUGUUAAAAAGGGCUGCCUUCCUUCAGAUCUUAUUUUUGUUUUCUUAAUGAUGUUAAGCAUUUCUGCUCACCGGAAGCAAAGCUGACAAAGUGCAUCUCCUCUCCCUCCUCUGAGAAGCAGCGGCAGCACUGCGCACAGGCAGCGCAGUCUGCCACAGGCUGUGUCUCUGGAUAGCGUCCAUCACCUGCACCCGUCCUACUCCAAAGCCCAGAGUCCAGUCUUUAAGUAGCCUUCAUAACUGGGUUUAUUUUAUAAAUAGUACUCUUUAUGGCUGCCAAUCUUAUUUACCUUCAAAUCAUUUCUGAAGUUUAACCUUUUCAAAUUACAUUGUUCAAACAAGGUAAAGAUGGCCUUUCUUGAUUUCUUUUUUUAAAUUUUGUUUUUAAAAAGUAUUGUACUGUAUACUCUUAGUUCAUUCAUGUAUCCUUGUAAAGCAUCUUAAUCGGACUUACUUUUAAUUAUAAAAGUUUUGGGCCAAACUUAUGUAAUCUUUCUAAGUAUGAUUUCUGAAGAGAAAUGCAUUAAUUAGUAUGUUUGCCUUAAACUUGUAGACUAAACCAACUAUUGUAAAAUAACCAGUGAUAAGUGAAUAGUUUUAAACUGAGGUCAUGUAUCACUCUAAAAUUUGGAGUAGCUAUAAUAAAUCUACUCCAAUACUAUGCUUUA